UGACGGCUUGAAUGACUGUCGUAAGAAGAUGACAACAAAAUUCAGUGUCUUUCAACAUGGCUGCUGAUUGUGGAGCGUUCCACAAGGAUACGACUGUGAAGAAUAAGUAAAAUUAUAAAGUGACACUGUUUCACUAAAAUUUUUAUUGUCUUAAAUGAAAGAACUCCUAAAAUUGUAAAGUAACUUCUUCUGAAAAAAUUGGUUCCCGUGGUAUGUUCUUGGGGUGUUUCAUUUCGUUUCAAACCAUGUGACGUCAUUUACUCAAUUACAUAUAUAAUACAUGUAUAAUGGUAUCAGCAGAUGUUGUGUAUCUUUGAUAUUUUUGACAGAUUUGUUUAAAAAAACAGUAUGCUUAAUGAUGUAGGUUAAAUUAACAAACGCGCCGCAUCUUUGGAAAGAUUUUGAUAAAAAAUAGCAAAGAUACACAACAGUUACUGAUAUCUCAUAUAUGUAAUUGAGUAAAUGACGUCACAUGGUUACAAAAUGAAAUAUCCCAAGAACUAAGCAUGGGAACAAAAAUUUUCAAAAGAAGUUUCAGAGCAUUUUCGUUUAAGAAAAUAAAAAAAUUUCAAUGACAGUACCACCUUAGGAACGGUUUCAAGUUGUUACGGCAACUAAAAAGAUUUCGAAAGUUCUUUAAUUAAAUCUUUGUUUAGCCACAUUUAGCUUUGGCGUAAUAAUUGCCUGGAUGUCUAUACAAAGUCUUGUCUUCUGUGGUACUUGCCCAUGGGCAUGGCCAUGAAAAAAGCGAGUUCACCGCAAUGACAACGAAAUUCAUGUUAGCAUUUUAUAGGCAGAAAGAGCAAUUAAAACUGUAAAAAGAAGUUCACUGGUCAACUUUUGGCUUAGCUUAUUAUUUUUCGUUCUUGAGAUAUUUUAGUUUCAUUUCAGAAUCAGUUUUUUAUUUUUUAUUUGCACUUAUUUUCUUUCUUACAAGAUUAUGUAUUACUAGUAUACUAUAUAUAUAUAUUUACAUUGUAUUUCAUAAUAUGUAUUUACUGAUGAAGAGUGCGUAGUGGUCCAAGGAGCAGAAGCUUUCGAGUUGACCACUACCAUUAUGAGAUUAUAUUUGAGUAUUUAAAACUAAAUUAAAAAAAGUUGAUCUCUAUAGUAUUUAGUCCUAGGGUUUCUAAGUGUAUAGUAUAAUUUACAAAACUUAUUUUAUAUUCAUGAUUACUAUAAUAUCAUUUUUUAAUAACAUAUAAGUCUAGUCAAAUCUGUCAUGUAACUCUACUUGACUAUUAAGAAGAAACAUUUUAUACUGUUUUUUGAAACUACAAAAUGGCAAAGAUUUAAUCUGUCCAGGAAUUUUUUCCCAUAUUUUGGAAGCAUUUGACAGUGUUCCAAAACAGAAACCAGACGUGAUAGAUGCACUUGUCGCCAAUUACCUUCAAUAAUUGCUAAUUAUCGUGAUUACUGAAUUAUCGAAUUAUUAUUUGAAAUAAUUAUUGAAAUAUUUGAAAUAGCCAACGCUUCUUUUGAAUUUUUCGCACGUACAACGUUGGACUAGUUUACUAAGAAAUAAACACUGAUUUAUGAACUAGCUUCCCACUGCUGCAUGAAUUUCUCGACUGAUCAGCCGGACUUCGCAACGAUUGACGAGAGGACAUAAAAGAUGGCAGAUUUUCGUUGAGAAACAUUUAACUGCAUGAUAUAUAUUCAGGAAUCUUGCCAGCGGCAGCUGUAGUUGCGGUGUGAGAUGUGAAAAUUUUUAACUGAACAGGAACUUAAAUGUUAAAAUGUUACCUAGCUUCAAUGCAUUAUUCAUCAGUGCAUUGACUCGCAUGUUUUGGGCGCCUCGCAAGUUGCAGACCCAAAUAGAACACAAUACAUCUCUCUGAAGAAUUUCAAUGUAGCUAUAAGUAUAUAACUAACUAUUAUUGCAAGCUUGUGGGGAGUACAGACAUUCUGUCUGUAGGAACAUGGCCAUGCCCAUGGGCAAGUAUCACAGAAGACAAGACUUUGUACAGACAUUCAGGCAAUUAUGCCAAAGCUAAAUUUUAAACAAAGAUUUAAAGAACUUUCGAAAUAUUUUUAUUUGCCGUAAUUUGGAGGUAGGAAGAGAGUUCUCAAGCAUUUUGUGGGUUUUUUCAAUAUACAAUAGUGCGUAUUGUGCUUUUUAAAGAUAUUUCGUUAUCUUGAUAUACAUUGUUAUAAAGAACAAUAAGAUCCUUGACCUUGUAGAUUCACAUGGUAAAAGAAAUAUAAUUGUUUUGUUUUAUGGUCACGUUCAUUAACACUUUGUCCUUUGGUCGAAACAUUUUUAAAUAAAUGUAAAGUUUGUUCGUUCACUGCAACCAGGUAUAUCAAUCAUGUUUCGCUCGCUACUCUGGUUUAAAUAAAUGAUUACAAAGCCCAGUCGAAUUGUAAUCAAGACCCAACGUUUCGACACUCCAGUCUAGUGUCUUCAUCAGGGGUGAUCUAAAACUGCGAUCGUGGCUUCUUAAAUACCCAAACACGAGAUUGAGGAGCUUAAGAAGCCACGAUCGCAGUUUUAGAUCACCCCUGAUGAAGACACUAGACUGGAGUGUCGAAACGUUGGGUCUUGAUUACAAUUCGACUGGGCUUUGUAUAAUCAUUUAUUUAAACCAGAGUAGCGAGCGAAACAUGAUUUUUAAAUAAGGUUAUACGUAUAAUUAGUCCGAAAAAUGUUUUGCCCCCCCCCCCCCCCCCUUCGAUAACAUUUCUGGGAAACGUUUUUACGACUUGGUCAAAUAAAUGUUGGUCAAAACAUGACGAUACCCCCUCCCCCCAAUGUUGAUGCCUUAGCGACGUCCCUGCCUCGACGAGGAACAGUCAGUUAAUCACUGACUAAUGCAAGUGGAAUUCCAAACCAAAUGAUAUCACGAAUGUUGAUAAUGAAGAAUUAAAGUGGAAGUCAAGUCCGUAAUGUAAACAAACGGUUUGUUUACAUUUUUAACUGCUGUAUUUUUUUAAAAUAUGAUGUACUGUCUGAAUAUCUAACACCGUUUUGGUUCGCUAUGCUUCUAAAUGAACGUGAAAUAGAGUUUAUGUUCAGAAAAAUUCGAAACAUUCGAAAUUUGGGCAAUGUUUACAUUAGAGGUCCCCUUGACUUCCACUUUAAGUAUAUUUUGCAAGAAUAGCAGUGGAGGAGUAAGGACAAAUACAAGAUCUAAACUAAACAAGCUAGUAAUAUCCUCUAGCAUAAAUAAAUUGAGUCCAGUUUAGGUUUCAUCCGGUACUUCGUUACAAUGGACCACUAGACCUCUGUGAGAACAUGCAGUCUACAAUAAAUAAAGCUAUCCUGUAUAUAAAUAUACUACUUUUCAAGAACUUUGCAUGAAGCAUUGUUUUUAAGAAUAAAUGAAUAGAUACUCUAUUCCCAUAAUCAUUGCACUUACUAGUUUUUAAGAACUUUGCAUGACUGUUUCUCAUAUUAUUAUUAUUAUUAUUAUUAAAAUAUUGUUGAAAACAUUAUUUUUAAAGCAUUGUUUUUAAAAAUAAAUUAAUCAUAUUCUAUUACCAUGCAUAAUCAUUGCACUUACUACUUUUUAAGAACUUUGCAUGACUAUUUCCCAUAUAUUAUGAUUAUUGUUAAAAUAUUGUUGAAAACAUUAUUUUUAAAACGUUGUUUUUAGGAAUAAAUUAAUAAAUACUCUAUUACCACAAUCACUUACUACUUUUCAAGAACUUUGCAUGACUAUUUCCCAUAUAUUAUUAUUAUUAUUAAAAUAUUGUUGAAAACAUUUUUAAAGCAUUGCUUUUACGAAUAAAUGAAUAAAUAUUCUAUUACCAUAUCAUCAUUGCACUUACUACUUUUCAAGAACUUUGCAUGACUAUUUCUCAUAUAUUUACUUUGGAGUUUAUCAGAUUUAGAUUCACUGGAACAUGGCGGUGUCAAACAUUCCAUUGUCUCCAUAUCUACUGUGUCUUCGUCUAUAAAUACAUGAAAGAAAUACGGUGACGAUUUCAAUUCACCAUGUAAAAACUAGAUGCGUUUAUUUUAGACCAGGGUUAAAUUAGCCAACCAUAUUGCUUUAUUUUGCUCACAUGAUAAUACUAGUUAUCACAUACUUGUACCUUUAUCAGGUAGGAAGCAGCGGGACAUAAAAACGAUAUCGUCCCGGAUAUCGUUUUUUGUCCCGGAUAUCGUUUUUUGUCCCGGAUAUCGUUUUUUGUCCCGCUAAAUUUCGCACCUUGUCAAAACAAAGAUGGCCGAUUUGAGGUUCGUGUUGGUUGAUGUCGAGAGGAAAAAGUUAUUUCGCUGACCUCAAAAUGACAUUUCGUCAAAACUUUUUUCUUCAAGAUUGGUUUAGAAACAAAUUUGAAGUAGGAUUAGGUUAGGGUUAGGGUAAGGAUUAGGGUUAGGGGUUAGAGUUGGUGUUUGGAAUAGGGUUAGUGUUAGUAAAACCGUUGCUUUGUUACGUUUUGUCACUCUGAGGCCAGCGAAAUAACCUCUUCCAUGUCGAGAGUUUAUCGAAGAAAACAAGAACGAUAAUACAAAAUGAAAGACUUAAAUUGUAUAUUAUUUAUAUGAAUGGUCUAUUUAUUUUCUAAAAUCAUAUUUGUUCAGUAAAUGAUGAAUUGUUUUGAAUUCUAAAAUGAUCCUAUUUUUUCAAAAAUCAAAACUGUUUACUUUUGGGUGUCAAACCCUGAUAAAGGUACAAGUAUAUAAUAAAUAGGUUAUCGUACUCGGGAUUCGGUGAUAUCAGUUUUAUCGCUCUCGGGACGAUAUCACAAUUGUCCCUCGCUUGCUGCGCUCGCUCGUGACAAUUGUGAUAUCAUCCCUCGAGCGAUAAAACUGAUAUCACCUCAUCCCUUAUAUGAUAACCUAUAUAUACCUGGUGAAGUAUAUUGAUCCAAUCCUUGGACUGGAUCAAAAUUGAUUCACCUCACUUUAAGUAGUGAUUUAUUCGUAUGAGAUAUCAUUUCAAAUCCUCCAAUUCGGACCGGACUAGAUUUCAAGUACUCGCAAUCAAUUUUCGCGGACUUGAAAUCUUGUCCAGCCCUCACAUAGUCGGAUUUGAAAUAUUACUUCGUCCAUCAAAAACAAUUCUUUGCGCACCUUCUUCAUUAUGCGAGGCUGCAAUAUCUUCCACAGGCAAUGAGAAUUUCGUUUUAAUCAACUCUUCUUUCACUGAUAACAACUCUUCUUCUAAUGCCUGAACCUGUGAGAACAGAUUAAUGAUUACUACUGUUUUAUUUUGCCAGGGAAUAUUUUUUCCUUCGAAAAAAUGCUUUGUACAUAUUUUUCUGAAAAUGUUUGCAGUUUUUUUACAAUUGAGGAAUUUUGUAGUCUCCCUCGCAGUAGCGAGGGUUAGAGCUAUAAGAACGUCUGCGAGGGAGACUAGGAAUUUUGCGCAGAUCUUCUUAGCAGCAAGAUAUUUGGCGCAGGAUUUUUAGCCAAGAAAAACUUUUGAAGUUGAAAAUUUUUUUCUUCUAACAAUGAUAUUAAACGGAAAAUUUUCUGUGGGUGGAAAAUUUUUUGUCGGUGGAAAUUGACCUUUAGCUUAAAGGCCGCAUUGACCAUAUGUUACCUGGGUCAAAAUGGUAAAACACUGCAAAAUAACAAGAAUGCUUUUCUGGAUGCACUUCUCGAGUUCAUUUAGACUCAUCACAAAUACCUUUGAUCUCCAAUGUUUCUCGUUCUCUGUCAAUUUCGUGUUCAGGACUUGGGCGUAGACCUUUCCACUCAUGUGCUGGGGUUUGGUUCUGAUUAUGGAUAUUGCCUGCAAACAAUAUAAUACUCAAUAUAAUAAUAUUAUAGAGAUAUUAUAUAUUGAUACCACAUUUUUUUCCCGUUAUACAAACGGAAUACUGAGAUCAUGAAGUUUACUAUUCCGUCAGGUAUAUUACUAUGUACGGAAUAACGGAAUAGCGCGAAUUUCGACCCCGGAUAUUUAACAAUUAUUUGCCAAAGGCGAGGUGAUUAUCGGAGAAUAUUCGCCGAGACGAAGUCGAGGUGAAUAUUUCCCGAUAAUCACCGAGCCUGAGGCGAAUAAUCGUUUUAGUAUUUUUGUGUUUUUUGGGACUGAAUUUAUUUUAAUUUCUAUAUACUUAUAUUCACCUAUAGGUGAAUAUAAUAGCUUAUUACGUAAAAAUUUGACCAAUCAAUUUGUAGGAUUUGUUAUGUUUACUUGUGCAAAAAUACUAAUAAUAUUUAUAUUGAUAUUUAUGUACUAUUUUGUAUAUCCGAUACAACACGGGCAUAAAUGACGUGUGAAACGUUUUGAUGAGAAUAUUCGUAUUCUUCAACAAUUUACAAUAAGUAAAUGACAUUUGCCAUUUGGUGAUAAAAUUGGACUUAAAGUUUAUGUAAAUCAUAUAAACUUUAAGUGUGAUUUCUUAUCAGAUAUUCACGGUCAUAAUUUCUUUUGAGUUUUCAUGAAUUAUUAAUGAGUUUCACAACUUUAAUAUAUUGAAAUUUGAAUGAUAAUGUAAUAUAAAUAUUUGUAUUAAGGCCACAUAAAAAAAAUUACUUGUUUAGCGUCCCCGCCCGACCUGAUAAAAGUCCCCGACCUCCAUUUUUUUUUUUUUUUUUUUUAAAUCCAUCCGAGUUUAGUGCAAAAACUCUCUAUAAAAAAGACCGUUUUACUUGAAAAAAUGGUGAUUUUAUUCUUCUGGGAGCUAUGUAAUACGUUUACACAAAGUUUCCUUCCCAGAAUAUGCCUGUUCGCAGCUAGAGUGUUCGCGCGUGACCGCCAAACGGUAAUUUUCUGUUUUAUUAAAAACAUGAACGGUCAUUAAAAAACAUGAACGGAUUUUGAAAGAAUUAAAGUGAGUUUUGACUGUGGUAAUAUAUUGGAUUUCCUGCAUUUUGCAGAAUUUUGUGUUGCAUUUUACGAAAAAAAAAACAAAGAAAAAACAAGCCGCCCGCCCGACCUAGAAAAAUUAAAAUGGGUGGACGCUAAACAAGUAAUUUUUUUUAUGUGGCCUAACAUAAUAAAACUGUAAUAUUAUUUUCCUGAUUAGCGAAUAUAUGACAGACAAGUUUUUUUUCCGUUACCGAAUAUAAUCCCCCCGAAUAUAAGCCCACCACAUGUACUAACGCUCACCUUAUUCCAAAUAUAAGCCCAUCCUCGUACCCAGGGUCUUUUUGGAAAGUCCCUGCGACGGAGAUUAAGGCCCCGAUUACACUAUACCGGAUUGCAUCGAAGCGACGCGAUUUCUGUACCGGAUUGGCCUCUUGUUUACACUACGCCACUGUAAUCCGGUACGUGCCGCGGCGCGAAAAUCACUUCGCUUUGGAGGUGAUAUGAAAAGUAAUCCGGUACGUGCUGUACCGGAUAAAACCAAGUGUAAUCAAGCAAUCCGGUACGCUCCGGUACUAUAAAUAGGUUUCGGCAAGUAUAUUUUAAGAUUGUCGUUUUAUUUUAUACUCGCUUUUAAAUAUUUUAUAGCUGUUGUUUGCUUCGCUUUACAAUUAUUUAUUAUUUCUAGCGAAGACAAAUAAAGAUAGCGGUAAUAACAUUGACUUCUUGCUUUCAAAAGGGCAAAAUUUAAUGAAAUACUCGUCAAUUUUCGAUAAGAGCGAGACAAAGCAACGUCGGGUGGUCAAGCUUUGUAAACAAAGUUAUAAUUCACAAGUACUGUCGAGAAAACGUCCAAAAUGGUCAAAACUUAUUAUUUGUUUCCGUGGCAACGAUAAAAGAUACGAGCUGGCGACAGAGCGAAGCGGCAUAGUGUAAACACCCUUGAUUUUGGCUUCGGUGUGAAAAUUGAUCCGGUAUGAAAAUCAAUCCGGUAUAGUGUAAUCCCAGCCUAAUAUAAGCCCCCAAGUAUAAGCCAUAUGGUAUAAGCCCACUUGAUUAUAUAACACUUUGUUUAUCACUAUUACAAGAUCACUAUUAUCCUUUUACUAUGCUUGUUUAACACUUGUUUAUACUUGUAUAUCUAUUACACUAACACAAAAUCGUCCAUAUCUCAGCCCCCCCCGUAAAUACCCCCUGUAUAAGCCCAUCAAAAAUCGUUUAUGAAAUAAUAUAAGCCCGGGGCUUAUGACUACAAUCUAGUCGAAACGUAGAUUCAAUAAAUCAAAACAAAAUGUUAUUCGGAGUUACUGUUCUUUUGUAUUUUAUAGUCGGGGGUUUACGGUAGUUAGUUGUAUUUGUAGUAACUUGACUAAACUUUGGCAAGUUUCUGAGCUAUUUUAAAACGAUUUCAGGAGGGUUGUCCUAUCGUUUAAUCAAGCCUUUUCGCACAAAAAUAAAUCAACUAUUGUGAUUAUAAAUGUAAUUAAUAAAAAUUCAAUCAAACUUUAGAAGUUAGAAGAGGGUCUAGAUGGGGUUUAAUGUUAAGUGUUGACGGCCCAUAUUCUAUAGUGUUUAAUGUUGAAACGCUAAAUAUUUUGUUGUUUACUGUCAUGGAAGACUUCGCAGUUAAGUGUUGUAAUUACUAUAAAAAGUCUAAUGCAUUUCAAAAAGGGCUUUAAACUACUAAAUUUCAGACAAAAGAAUACGAAACUAUAUUAAAAGCGAUGUCAGAGUGUGUUUACAGGUCUUACAGAUCUUUAUAGCUUUUACAUUACUUGUCACCUUGCCCAGCACCUGCAUCUUUGCCUUCAUGCAGGCCAGCACAUGUGCAUAUGGGCCUGGUGUGCCAAUUACAAAAUAUGCAAAAUAUGUCUUUGAUGGUCUUAGAGACUGCAGUGCAUUUGCUUCCUACAUAUAAUUAAGUGCUUUUUUACGUCUUCGUGAAAUUAGCAAAAUUUUACUAUUAUGUGAAAUUUUUUACUGUUACUGUUAAAUUACUAAAAAAUCAAAUGUUUACUGUUUUGGGCACCACCCCAUCUAGACCCUCUUAGAACUACAGUAGCUUAAACCUAAAAUGCAAUCGUGCUGCAAAACCACGUAUAAACAUUUUCCAUUUUUCCUCCCCAAAAUACUUUCUUUGUUUUAGCUGAGCUAUCUUUGUGUGAUUGCCCGGCUGUCAAUAUAUUUCGCCUACCAAUGCUGUUUUCACAAUAUCUUCGUAAUAUUUUUCCAACGUAUUUGGUAAAAUUGGAUUUUCUUCGCUAUUUUCCAUACUGUCGUUGCUACGAACUUUCUGUAAUUUAAGGUUUUAGAAUAAAAAUAUUAUGUCAGAAAACAAAACAAUACUGUAUCGUGCGUGCUUAUAAAAAAGCCAAUCUAUUUUAGAUAAUAAUCAAAGAAAAGCAUUCAAAAUAAAAUACUAUAAAAGACUUCUUUUCAUCCUUGCCUGUUAUGUAAAAUAGCCCAAUAAUAAAGCCUCUUUUAUUUAGAAAAAGAUGGAAGUUACUUUGUUCGAAACGUCGCCAUAUUGAAAUCUUCCCGCCAAAGUCACAAAUAGUGAAUUUGACUCCCCCCCCCCAAUAUUGCUAUUCCUAAAUUCUAUUCCUAUUUUCGUGACGAAGCUCUGUACUGGAAACUGGAAAGCUUUAAAGAUCGAUUAUCAUCAAUCCUGUAAUAAAUAUUUAGGCAUGUAGUGCCUGUAGUCAGGGGCCCAGUAUCAGGGUUGCCAGGUGGUCUGAGCCCGAAAGAGCCAAAUGCAACGUAAAAAGUAGCCAAAUCUGGCCAAAAGAAGCCAAAAUCGAUAUUUAGAGUAAAUCUUCCGAAUUCAAGCGUUCAACACCGAAAAACAGUGAAGAAAAAACGAGCAUUUUAUCAUUUUCUUUUUACCGCCGUUCGGGGCGAACUGCGUAACCCAGGGAGAGGGUACUAAUUCCGAUCGAAUAUUUACGUACAUCCGGAAUCCCGGAUAAAUAGAUAAUGUAAUCGAACAUAGCAGAGUCUAUAACUAACUUUUACUGGUGGAUGGCAGACUAUUUUUGAAAAGUUGCUUAUUUCAGUAUUUAUUCAAAAAGAAGCCAAAAAGAGCCAAAAAAUAGAAAGAAGCCAAACAAAAUUUUUAGUAGCCAAACGAAAUCAAAAGAAGCCAAAAUCGAGAAAUUUGGCUCUUUUAACGCCAAACUGGCAACCCUGCCCAGUAUGUGUACCACGAACAGAACUUCGAUCAUUUUAUUCAAGCAUGCUCCAGUUCUAAAGAGAGAUCACCGCGUGGACGUCCCGCUAUGGUCCCGCUUCGCCUUGCGUGGGCGACACGCGUCAAGCGGAUGUGGUAAAGAACCAAAUCACAACAAAGACAAAACUAUGGCUUGUGGUCCUUGAUAUUGUCAAACGAGUCGCUUUCAACCGUUUCACGUCCAAGACGACACGGUUAUGGGUGGAAAUUCAAGCAAACUCUCUGCUGAAGAAAUCAAAGAGCUGCAGAAGAGCACAUAUUGUACGUAAUCUUUGAUUGUAGCCCGCUCGUUUCAAAUUUGUCGCAUGCUUAAUUCUGGCGCGAGACAUCUGCUGCUACUCCGUUUUUGCGUGUUUUCUUUCGAAUACAAAUUGCUUUUGCAUUGUUUGGUAAAUUUAAUGGCUUUUAUAAAUAUAUUCUCUCCAUUUUUUUUGUUUCAGUCGACAAGAAGGAACUGCAAAAAUGGUACGGAUCCGAUGUUUUUUGUAAUUUGUACAUGUACACAUCUUGGCAUCUGUCAAACGUAUUUUAUAAGAACUUGUGUGUAAAAAUGUAUUCAAAGUGGUCGCUGCUCGCACAUUUGUUUGUAAUGCUAGAAACUUGUUUAAGCUUUGUUCUGUUUUAUGUCGUAGGUACCGCGAUUUUAUGAAAGAUUGUCCGUCAGGGGAACUGAAGCAGGAGGUACUUUGAAACCAAAUAUUUGUUGUAAACUUUCAAAACAUGUCAUCGAAAUCUACUUGAGAAUCGAUAUUUUGAAAAAAAAUUUUAAACAUGCCAUUAUCGCUUAAAGUGGUUGAGCCAUCUUCAGCAAUUUUGGACACGUUUAUAGCUAAUUGCCCGUAAAAUAUGAAACAUAUUUUACCGUACAAGGUAAUUCUAAAUUUUGACAAAGACACAGAGGGGAAACCUUGUGUGUAUAUAUAUAUAUAGUACUUUACAUGUAAAAUGCUGCACACGUUUGUCAAUGAAUGCCGGAAAUGAGUUAUUUAUUUGAGUUAUUAAUAUUAACCCUAGGAUGCACGUUUAUAUUGCUGCCAUAAUCUUUGUUUUUCCCACUUUUUAUCUUAAUUUAACUGUUUCUAGUUUUCUGCUUACUGUAUUAAAAAAUAUAUGACAAAUCUUGAAUGCUGCCCAGUUGUCUGUGAAAAACAUCUGAUAAAGCAUAUCAAUAGCUAAUACAUGCACAUAUACGAUCAGUUUGAAAUCGACUGAAAAAGUAAAAUUUCAAAAUUUAUUUCAUAAAAACGAACGGGACAAGCGAUAUUAUAUACAACUGUUUGCCUACAAGCUAUUUGAGUUAAUAUAAAGACUGCCAAAUAUUAAGAAUUUUGAGUUUGAUUGUCAAUAUAUUUAUCAGGUGAUGCAAAUUUGCAAGUGUUUGCUUGUAUUAAUAUAAUAUUUAUUAACAUAAAAACGUUUUUAGUUGCUAUUUGAAAUACUAGCUUGUUUAUAGGUUUGCGUAACUAUCAAAACUACCGAAUGUCGUUUUCGUUGGGUUGGAUUUUAAUAAUGGGUUGGAUAAAUUUAAUUGGGUUGGAUAAAUUUGUCGGUAUCUUUUAUUAAGAAUAUGGUUUUUGAAGAAUUACACUUGUCUCUUUUAUUUAUGAAUUGUAAACAAACUUUGCCAUUUCUUAUCUAGUCUAAAUUAAAUCUUGUCAAAAGUUGUUGUGGAAUCUGCAAGUCUUUAGAGCAUCUUUUAAAUUUUUAAUUGCCCAUACAAUUAGCCAUUCGUUGAUUGCACUGUGGUCAUUUUGUGCUUUUUGUUAAAUAGGUAGCUGGCCGAAACUUACUUCCCUUUGUGUAUUUAGUUGAGGAAAUUUUUUCUUCAAAUGAAAUUUUUGAAAUGUAAAAUUUGAAACAUUUUAAUUUAUAGAAAGUUAGGUCUUCUAGUACGCUCCAUUGCAUGCAGCAGCUGGCCAAAAUCUGAUAAUAGAUGCUAACAAAUACUGCAUAAAUGCAUGCAAUUAGGUUGUCUUUUGUUGUUUACUGAGAAACGAAAAGUGACAUACCGAAAUUUGUCAAACAUUUUAACAUCAAUGCAUGAAUUUCUUAUCUGUGCGAAUUGUGGUUGCCAGUGCAAUUGUGAACUUGGCAUUGUGACAGGUACUGUGUUGACAGUAACAGUCCAGAAACUGUAAUUUAAUUAAAAUGUGUGGUUUUCAAAGCAAAACACAAUUAAUAGCUAAUGUGGAGGAUUCCACACAAGAGGCAUUGGAAAUCGUUUAGAUAUUAUUGUAUCAACAACAAUCACCUAUUAUUUAGUCAUUUAACUACAAAUUGUAUUGCAUUCAUGUUUGUAUAACAUUCUCUUUGUUUCAUAUCCCUCAUGAUGUAUUCAGAAAUACAUAUGCCUAUAGAAGGAACAGUCCGGCACUGUUAGUGUAUUAAUUCCAAGAGGUGACAUUGCGUCAAAAUGGCCUGUCUAAAAUUAUGCAUAUUCAACAUAACAAAAUUUAGUAAAAAAAAACACAAAAUUUUACAAUAUUACUUCAAUGUUUUGAAAAUCGAAUGAGCGACAUACAUACAGUAAUAUAUCACCCCAACAGCGCUGCUCCUUACAGGAGAGAGACUUCUAGUUGUUGACAGCUCGACAUCUAUAUUGUUUCAUAAUCAGAAAUUACUGAUUGUUCCAAAACUCACAAUGAUGAUAUGACAUUAAUUUUUAUGCAUGAUGCAUGGCUAAAUUUAUACUAUCUGAAUUGUCUAGUUUGUCUGUUACACAUGCUUGCAGACAAUUAUCUUUGCAUAGUUUGUCAUGACAGAUGUCUAUAUACCAGCUGACAUGCCAAGUUUCUUGCGUUCAGUGUAAAAGUUGCACAUUUAAAUUUUGGUCCCAUGGACCUGUAUGCAUGAUGUAAAUUGCCUUAACUCAUUGUCAUUGAGUUGCAUUGCAGCCUUGUGCACCCUGGUUUGUCUAGCACCAGACAAUUUUACUUGGUCAUCAGGGGAGCAUGCUUGCAAGCAUGUGCUCAGUGGACUAUUAACCAGACUAUCUGCCCAUAUGUGUCUCAAGUUAACCCAUUGACUUGCAUUGCACUCUCAUAUGUGCCAUACUUUUUUAUUUUACCCUGUCUAUUUUACUAGUCAAUAGCAGGUCGAGUGCUGGCGCCCAAUGAGUUAAGUCACAAAUUUCCAAUUAACCUGUUAAGCCACAGUGUGCCCAGUACUUAUUUUUUUACCUGUCUAACGCCAGACGAUUUUACUCAUCAAUGUGGAAGCUGAGUGCAGCUUAAUGGGUUAACCAAAAAAUAUGACAAUGUCUCUAGUUAACCCAUUGAGCCGCAAUGCGCCCCAGUUUGCCCUACCUCUUUUACUUGUCUAACGCCAUAUGAUUUCAUUUGUCAAUUAAUGGGGAAGCCCUGCACCUUAAUGGGUUGACUAUCUAACUCUAUCUAACGUACACCAGAUGAGUUUAUUUCUCAAGAGGAGGGUGCUGGCGCUCAAUGGGUUAAUAUUUAAUAAAUUGAUCAUUGUAAUUCUUUAUCCUAAUUAUAGACUAAAUAUUUAUAAUUUACCAUUUUGAAAUACUGUUAGCAUUACAUUUUGGCCUUCUUUCAUCAUAUUAGUAAAUAUUUGUACAUGAAGUACAUGUUUUUAAUAGACAACUUGCAUGUUAGACAAAUUUUUGAUCUAACCGAUCUAGACAAAAAAAAAGUAAAUUCCCGUUAAGAACUUAUUAAAAUUAGUAAAAGUGCAAAAUUUGGUUGCGAAAUGUUGUAAAGCUUGGAAAAUAUAGCUUUGUAAAGUUUGCAUAUUUUCAGUAUAUUUGUAUAUUACGUGCGGAAAUUGUUACCAUUUUUGAGCCGAAAAUGGUAACAAUUUCCGCUCGUAAUACAAAUAUACUGAAAAUAUGCAAACUUUACAAAGCUAUAUUUUCCAAACUUUACAACAUUUCGCAACCAAAUUUUGCACUUUUACUAAUUUUAGUAUAUUCUUUUCAGCUGUGGUGUUUGAUUCCCUUUUCUCUGCUUAGAUUAAAAUUUAGUCUAACAUGCAAGUUGUCCAUUACCUCCACCCAAAGUAUUUUAACACAGCUUCCGAUAAAGACUAUGAUUUUAAUUAACAGAAAUGUAAUCUGCAUGUCUGCUCACAGCAUGGCCGGAUUUUGAGGGGAGGUGUGGGGAGGGGCGCACCUCCCCUGAGAUUGUUUUGCACCUCCCCUGAGAAUUUGUGCAAUUGUCCACCUCCCCUUGGGAAAGUUUCAAUUAUUAUGAUAGAUCAAAGUAAAAAGUGGAAAUCACUUCGUAAGAACGUUUUUCUGUAAGGGACCGGUCAUUAUUUAUGGCGGGGGGUGGCACCGAAGAGAAAAGGGUUGGGUAAACAAAAUUUUGAGUAAGUAAAAGGUUGGGUAAAUGAAAAACAAAACAACUCAAGGGUUGGGUAACAAAAAUUUAUUGUCAUUUCCAAAGCAUGACCCACUGAAAUAUUGGAGACAGAAAAGCAAUGUCAACAGUCAUUUGUCAAUACAAUAUGUGAAUCAAUCAGAGUCACUAUCUUCACCAUAGUUCGACAAAACAAAUUGUGUUUCCAAAGAAAGUACAUGUGUAGACAACAUGAAACUUUAGACUGCAGAAAAUUUCACAAGCCAUUAUCAAACUCAUGUCACUGAAGUGAUACAGGACAUGUAUGACAACUGAAUGGCAUAGACGGAUUUUCUGGGUGGUGCAGGGGGGUGCUACCCCUCCAAUAUUAGCUAUAACCCCCCAACAAAAUGUUCACCCCUCCAAAAAAAUGUUCAACCCUCCCCCCAAUAUUCGGCAUAAUAAAUAAAUAAUUAAACAGUCCACUCCAACGUGAGUGUUGAUGAUACAAAAUAAACGUAGGAGUACAUUGGAACAGAAAAAGGCAGUGCAACACUCUGAAACUAAUCGCUCCUCGCUUGCAUUCACUGGUUUAUUGGAGCAAUUGUAAAGUUUUGAAACUCUAUUAUCUUCCCUGAAUAGAGUUUGCAGUGCCUAAUUGUCAUGCGAAUAGCUUGCACGCAAGGAAUGUUUGGAAUUUUUACGAACACUAUUUUUAGUUUUUAAUUCUUUUAGGAAAUAGACUUGCCUAGAUUUAAUCUUUACACCCCAAAUAUUAUUUACAUCGGAGUUGCAUCAUAAAUUGUACUCGGAUUCAAACAACACAAUGUCGAUGACUUUAUAAAAGUAAAAGCAUAUUGUGUAUUAGCCUAUUGGGUUUACCUUUUAUAGGUUCAUUUAACUUUAAGUCUUUAACUCUCUCAAGUCUUAACAGACAAUCGGACAUGCCAAAUCCAUUGAUAUGACAAAUUGACAACUUCAAAAAACUUUUUUUCGAAGCUAGAAAUCAUGAUUUUCAAAUAUUUUCCAGGGAUACUUUGUUUUCUGCUCUCUAGACUCCCCCUCGCGGCUCUAGUGCUCCACCCCUAGAAUAUAGACCUUACUGGGGUUUGGUGACACUUUGUGUUGCUUCAGUCACCUGCUCACGGCUCACCCCCCUAAAAUUUCUGGCACCACCCCAGUAAUAAAUAUGAAAAUCCGUCUAUGCUGAAUGGUAUCCUUUUGUUAAGUUUUUGGCCAGGGGUGGGUAGUUAUUUUUUAAUUGAUAUUUGAGGUUGGGUAAUCAAAUUGUUGUCUUUUUAAUGGUUGGGUCAGCAAAAUUUUUGACACGGAAAACAUUUCUCUUCGGUGCCACCCCCCGCCAUAAAUAAUGACCGGUCCCUAAACUUGAAACAGUGAUAGCCAUUCAUCUUUGUGUCAAGUAUCCUUUUAAUGCAAUGUUUUGAAAGAAACUUUGUAGUUAUUGUAAUGAAGGGCAAAAUUGGAUGAGUUGUACAGUCAUAAGAGAUAUUGCAUAUUUGCAUUGUUAAAUUGAGCCGAGUAUUUUGAAGUAUAAUUCAUUAAUAUGUACACUACAUGCAUACGUUACGUCAUUGACUUUGGCCCGUUCUAAGCCCUAACUUUCCAUCCAGGUCGUGAGCUAGACAGCUGCACCGCCCCUAAAUGUUUUUUCACCUCCCCCACAAUGUCCACCAAAAUCCGGCCUUGGCUCACAGGAGUUAGGUUAUUAAUUAUGCUAUUUGGGUUGGUGUUUUAGUUUGAAUUACAGAAUUUUAAAUUAUUUUUCUUUCAUUCCUCAAACUCUGACUCUUUUCCAACCUAAAAUUUGCAUGAAUUGAGAUUGUGCUGCUCAAGAUUUAAAGCAUUUAAGUUGUAAUUUUUGCUUCUUUUUAGGAAUUCCAGAAAAUAUACCAACAAUUCUUUCCAUUUGGUAACCCAACGCAUUUUUCCCAGUUUGUUUUUAAAGUUUUUGAUAGAGAUGCGGUAGGUUUUGAAGUUAAAUCAUCAAGUAUUCGUUAGUAGUUAAAUGUCCUAUUUUUUCCUCUAUGUGAUCUUUAAUUUGUAUUAGGUAAUUAGGCUACAGUACAUUUAACAGUUAUUCUACGAACUCGAGUCGAAUAUGAGCCGAUAGCCGAUGAGGCGCGUAGCGCCGAAUCGGCUAUCGCUCAUAUUCGACGAGAGUGAGUGGAAUAACUGUUUUAUUAUAUACACAAGGUCUGAAUUCACAGACUUUGCUUUUCGAAUACUUUUCAAUAUUUUUCUAUUUUGUUUAUGUUUUUAUCUUCGCUCUUUCGGCCGAUUAUUUUUUCAAAAAUAUAUAUUUUCAACCAUUUUGAAUAUUAAAAAUUUAUUUGCUAACCUGAAAACAAUUUGUGGGAGUUUUUUCAUUGUGUUUUUAAUCCUGUGAAGGCAAUAAAAAGCGACAACUUGCCGUUUUCUCGUUUGCAAAACAUCGUAAAUUCAGUUUGGCCGCCAUUUUGUUUUUCUCUACUAGCAGGAUAUGAGCUAAUAUCCUGCAUGCUAGUAGAGAACCAAUCAGAUUGCAGAAUACCUCAUAUCCAGACCUUGUGUAUAUAAUAAUUGAGCAUAGCCUAUCGAAGGGAAGAUGGCUGUGAAACUCAUUAGAAUAACAAUAUAACUCAUUAUCUAUGUUGGUCAACGUUUAUUCAUAAAUUUGGUCCUUCACCGUCACGUGUGUAUUGUAUUCUUGCCCAACUAACCAAUAGCAAUGUUUUAGGAAAGUCACCUAUCCGUGACUCGAACAAUAGGGAAACUGGAGAUUGCUAUUGGUGGAUUUGGUAAAAAUGCAAUACACACGUGAUGGUGAAACGACCAGAUUUAUGAAUAAAAGUUGACCAACAUAGAUAAUGAGUUAUAUUGUUAUUCUAGUGAGUUUCACAGCCAUAUUCCCUUCGAUAGGCUAUGAUUUGAGCGACAUGUUGAUAAAACGUGACUCAUCAGUGUUUCUUGUUUUCUAGGAUGGUUCAAUCAGCUUUGCUGAGUUUAUUACAGCGUUAUCAAUCACGUCUAGAGGAAGUUUAGAUGAAAAAUUGGAAUGUAAGAAAUAUUUUAAUAUGGUACAUAUGCAUAGGAUGUAUUAAUUCUGUCACCGUUUUUGAUGACAGAAUAACAUUUUUGGCGUUGAUUGAACUCAAAUUUACAGUGUAUGGGUUUAUAAUUUAGCACUAAAUUAAAUUGGACCAUUGUGAUACGAACAUUUCAGGGGCAUUUUCACUAUAUGACUUGGACAGAGAUGGUUUUAUUACCAGGCCGGAAAUGUUGAAAAUAGUCGAAGCCAUUUACUGUAUGGUGGUAGGUAUCCUGUUUUUUUAUACCAAAUGAAUUAUUUUUUUAUCCCAUAUAGCAGGAACAGUUCCUCAGUUAAGAGUUACCAAGUCCUUUUUUGUGUUUCUCAGGGAAAUUUGGCGAACUUACCACAGGAUGAAGAUACGCCAGAAAAGAGAGUUGAAAAAAUAUUCAAACAAAUGGACAAAGUAAGUAUUAUUUGUAAAUGAUUUGUCCUUAAGCAAAACACCACACUUAUCAUAGGCGUACGAGACAGGGGGAGGGGGGCAACUGCCCCCCCCCCCCAAAAAAAAAAAAAAAAAAAAAAAAAUUGUAAAUUUGCAAAGCUUUGGUUGGUAUUAAAGCUCGGAUCUUCAUCAGUGCAAGAACAAGAAUGACCAAAAAACAAGGAAAAUAUUUUUUAAUUAAAAAUAAUUUGUAUCUACAGCUCGGCUGCCCCGUAUAGUUGUAGACAAACCAGUAUAUGUACAAGCUUUUAGUAAUCUUAUUCAGAAAUAGCUGUAAAAAAUACCUCUAGAUAUUGUUAGACAAAGUGUUCGGUGGCUUUCUUGUGUUUACCCCAGCUUCGUUUGGCAAAAAAAUGCUCGUCCAUAAUCGAAACAAAACGGACAGACAUUUUGUUUUAGCCCGGAGCGAAUAUUGGAGCUGAACAACCAAUCAAAUUGCUCGAAAAGCUUUAUCCACCUCCGGAGUAUAUGCUAAUAAGUAAUAUCCAUGUUGCUUCAUUUAGAAUAAAGACGGUAAACUAACGAUGGAAGAAUUUCGAGAAGGCUCGAAAUGUGAUCCAUGGAUCGUACAAGCACUAGCAAUUGAUCUGCCUCAGGAUAUCGACCAACCAGUCACGGAUGGCUAAUAACAAACGGUAGGUGAGAUUUACCCUCAUAUAUAAGCAAGACCUUGAUGUGUUACAGCUCUCCUAGGGUUCUUGAAAAUCUUGAAAGGCCGUUGAAUUUUAAAGAAAUCGAGGGUAUUCCUUAAAAUUCUAGGAUUUUCUUUUCAACCGUGAUAAUAUUUAGUUCGGAUACGUCUUUGAAAAUCAGGUUUUUAUUGUUAGUUCUUUCAAAAAGUAAAAUUCAUUUCAUGGAUUUUUUACGAAUAUACAAUCAUGUAUGUUAAGUAAUAUGCAUGCAUGUCCUUAACUUUACUAGAAAAAUCCUUGAAAGUCCAGGAAAAGGCAUUAAUUUCAUCUUCACUGUAGCGAAAGAACCCUGUAUUAACUAUUAAUUGAUCGCCGAUCUUAAUCUUUUUAUCUGAAGUUUGCAAAGAGCAUGGAGCAAUUUUUCGUACCCAGUUUAUGGCGUUAGUUUUGACUAUAGUAGCUAUAACUCGUGUUUCUCAAAGUUGAUAUAUUAUUCACCGAAUGUUUGUGCAAUGCUCAUGCAUGCAGCAGCAUUUAUAAAAAAAAUAGAAAAAAAUCCCGACCUACGCUACUUCAGUUUUUGCAACAAGAGAUAGGAACCCAGCCCAGGUAUUUUAUUUUUGCUUAAAAACAAACUCACUCCUAGACACUUUUGUAUGAUUUUCAUAACUGAUAAUUUCCAUUCUUAUUUAAAGGUCCCGGCAAGAAUUAUUCUAUUUAUUCAAAUAA